ACACAACACAUGCACCUUCAAAACAAUGUUCCAGAUCCUUCCACACCUUUUUCUCUGUUUCAGUGGGCGCACGCACACGUUUCUCUCUUCUCUGUUCCAACCCCUUAUAUUCACUCCCUUCACCGCUCUCUCUUUUCAUUCUCUAAAUUAUUCCAUAAUUCUCUUCAAUUCAACCCCAUCAUCAACCACCCUUUUUCUCUUUGACAAAAAGUAUCACUCUCUUUCAUCCUUCUGAACUGAGUUGAUGGCUUCUGAGCCAGAGGUAGCCGAUCUCUCCUCUGUUUUUGAAAGGCUUGUGCAAAACAGAGACAUGACUCUGUUUUUGCCCUUUCUCUUUGGCCUCUCAGAGACCUCCCCAAGGGGAAACAACGAAGACCCAGAUCACGAAACUGGGAGCACUGAUGGUUCCCAGCGUGAAAGAAUAAUCUUGGUGAACCCCUUUACACAGGGCAUGGUGGUCAUUGAUGGAGCUUCAAGCCUUGAAGCUCUGUUACGUGAGCUUGGGAGUGUGAAGAGUGGUCGACCACCGGCUUCAAAGGAAUCGAUAGAGGCCAUGCCAAGUGUGGAAAUUGGAGAAGAAAGUGAGGGUUUGGAGUGUAUUGUGUGUUUGGAAGAGUUUGAGAUUGGUGGGGUGGUAAAAGAAAUGCCUUGUAAGCAUAGGUUUCACCAUAAUUGCAUUGAGAAGUGGUUGGGGAUUCAUGGUUCUUGCCCUGUUUGUAGGUAUGACAUGCCUGUUGAUGAGGGGAAGAAGAGGGAUGAAGAAGGGGGAGAGAGAAGGAGGGUUGGUGGGGGUGAAGUUUGGGUUAGUUUUUCUUUCAAUAGGAGUAGGAGCAGCGAUGAUCCAAAUGAUACUCCUGGUAAUUCUAAUGAUUCUUUAUCAUCAAGUCCCGAAGGUGACGCUGAGGUAGAGAGUUAGAGAAGAUAUAUAAUAUUUUUGGGUCAAAUGUUGUUUUUUCAAUUUGGGGGAGACUGAAAGUAUGUACAGGCAGAAAUGCACGAAAUUGUUAUCAUAUGUUGUGGUAAUAAAUAAGAUGAUGAUGAUUU